AGUCAGAUGACAGCUUCGGAGAGCCACGGUAUUUUCAAAAUUCGAUCUGUGGUCCGGAUACUGGCAGAUACUAAUGGCGGACGAUUCCGUUCACAAAACGGCCUUUCGAAAUCGGUACGGAUCGUACAAGUAUCUGGUGAUGCCGUUCGGACUCACCAACGCACCUGCAACAUUCCAAGCAGAGAUGAAUCACAUCCUAAACCCACUCUUGGACGAAUGCGUGGUGGUGUACCUAGACGUCUACUCGCGCGACAUGCAACAACACGUCGAGUCUUCGAGAUUCUUCGACGAGAACGCUUCUACGUCAAACUAUCCAAGAGCAACUUCGCCCUCGAGAAAGUCCAAUUUCUCAGACAUAACGUAAGUGCUCAAGGAGUUCACGUCGACCCCAAGAAAAUCGAAGCCGUGCAUACGUGGAAGACACCCGAGAAUGUGAAGGAUUUACAGCAGUUCCUUGGCUUCGCUAACUACUACAACAGGUUCGUGCCGCAAUACGUGAAGAUCGCCGCGCCACUCACGAAUCUGCUAAAAAAGAACACGCCCUAUAAAUGGGAGCCGAAGCACCAGGAAGCCGUGGAGCAGCUGAAGCAAGCACUUACGUCCGCACCAGUACUCAUCUUGCCAGACCCCGAACGCGACUACGUCAUCGAAGCUGAUGCCAGCGACCAGGCAGUGGGAGCAGUCUUAAUGCAAGACCAGGGGAAUGGACUGCAACCAAUCGCCUAUCUCAGCAAGAAACUACACGGGGCAGAACUCAACUACCCGAUACACGACAAGGAGGCCCUGGCUAUCAUCAUCGCCUUCAAAACGUGGAGAUGCUAUCUCGAAGGACGCAAGACGACAUUCGUCACCGACCAUUGCAGCCUAAAAUAUUUGAAGACACAACCAAGCCUCUCCAGGCGACAGGUUCGGUGGAUUGACUUCCUCGAGAUGCACUUCCACUACGACAUCAUGUACAAGCCCGGCCAUAAAACCAAAGCCGAUGCGCUUAGCUGGCCUGCACACGUUGCUGCUAUCCAAAUCUGGGUACCUAAUUACCCUCCAUUGCGCCAGUUACUACUCGAAGAAUACCACGACGUCCUGUAUGCGGGACACUUCGGUAGUAACAAGACGCUCACCGGUAUCACCAAGCACUACUACUGGCCCCACAUAGCAGAUGACAUACAGAAAUUCGUCACCUCGUGCACUACAUGUCAGCGGAUGAAGAGCAGCAAACAGAAAAAGGCGAGUCUACUGCAGCCUCUUCCUGUCCCAGAACAGCCAUGGCAAGUGGUCAGCCUAGACUUCAUCACCGGGCUACCAACUACCACCAGCGGUCAUGACGCGAUCCUCGUCAUUAUUGACAAGUUCUCCAAAAUGGGACACUUCAUCCCGACAUACACGACAGCAUGCACUGAGGAGACGGCACAACUCUUUGUUCGCUACAUCAUCUCACAACAUGGCAUUCCAACCACACUCAUCUCCGACCGAGACCCUAAGUUCACCAGUAAAUUUUGGAAAGAACUGAUGUCUCUUCUCGGGACCAAACUCGCCAUGUCGUCCGCCUACCAUCCGCAGACAGAUGGCCAGACCGAGCGCCUCAACCAAAUUGUGGAACAACUCCUCCGCACAGCCUGCAAGGACGAAAUCUCCAAAUGGGACUUGCAUCUGCUCGUCCUUGAGUUUGCCUACAACAAUGCUACUCACGCCGCUACUGGACAGACGCCGUUCUUCCUCUGUUACGGACGCCACCCACUCACACCUCAACAGCCAAACAUACCAGCCACAGUCCAACCUGCUCAUGAUUUCAUCACGACUAUGCACAAACUUUGGGAUCGGACCCACAAGCACCUUCUCAACAUUCAGCAACAACAGAAGCGCCACGCCGAUCGCCACCGGACAAACCACACCAUCACCGUGGGAGAUCGAGUACUACUCGACACGCGCAAUCUUGACAUCAGCCAUCUCCCAUCCAAACUGCGACCUCGCUUCUGCGGGUCUUUUCUCGUUGAAGCACAGGUCACUCCUGUUACCUUCCGCUUACGCCUGCCAGCUACCUGGAAGAUUCACAACGCCUUCCAUGUCCAACACUUGAAGCCCUACCGAGAUCCCAACGCGAUCUUUUAUGGACGCCAACCGCCGCCGCCGCCGUUCGUCCUCGUCCAUGAUGAACCCGAGUACGAGGUCGAGUCCGUGCUUGCUCACCGCCGUCGCCGGAAUGGCACCGUGGAGCUUCUCAUCCGUUAGAAGGGUUAUGAUCCUUUAGA